CGGGGUAUAUAUGAUGCAUAUAAUGUAGCAUUGGAUGAAAGUUGUAUAUCAUAAUAUCAGUAAAAUAUGAGAAGAAUUAUUAAGAUAAGACUGAAAGAUGAUAUUUAUAUAUGUAUAUAGAUAAAUACAUACAUAAAUAUUUUUACUUUAUCAUCUGCUUAUUGUAAGUUCAUUUACAGGUCAUUUUGGUGUUAUCAAUUAUCAAUAUAAAGCAAUUACAUUCUCGAUACGUGUUCAUUUCUACGCACUUUACGUAUUUAAGAAAGAUUAAAUAUUUUUGAAAAUUUUAAGAAAAGUAUAAUGGAUAUCCAAAAACUGGCUAGUGCUACAAUGAAUUUCGAUCAAUCUGCAAUAAAUGAAAAAGUUAAUUCUAUUCGUUCUAGAGUUAAUAAAUUGGAAAAUCAUGUUAAAACUGCUUUGUUGGUAAAGACAAUAGGUUUCCUAGAUUUGACUACUUUAGGAGGUGAUGAUACACCUUCAAGAAUUGAAACUUUGUGUGCUAAAGCAGUAAAUCCCCUUAAAUUACCAAAUUACUCACAUUUACAUACUGCAUCUGUAUAUGUGUAUCCUAUGAGAUUUAUGGAUGCAGUAUCUGCAUUGGAAAAACUUGAUAAAGAACAUAAAAUAUCUAGAGCUACUGUGGGUGGAGGAUUUCCAUCUGGACAAUUUCCAUUGGAAACACGUCUUCGUGAAGUAGAAAUAGGUGUUGAAUUAGGAGCUGAUGAAAUUGAUAUUGUUAUUAACAGACCAUUAGCUUUGAUGCAACAAUGGAAAGAACUAUAUGAAGAAUUAAAAUCAUUUCGUGCUGCUUGUGGCAAUAAAUGCUUAAAAGUUAUACUUGCUACAGGAGAACUAGCAAUGAUGGCUGGAGCAGAUUUUAUUAAAACAUCUACUGGAAAAGAAGCAAUAAAUGCUACCUUGCCUGCUGGAAUUAUUAUGUGUCAGGCAAUUAAGGAUUAUUAUGAAUCCACAAAAAGAAAGGUUGGCAUCAAACCUGCUGGUGGUAUUAAGAUUCCACAGGAGGCUUUAGAAUGGAUGAUGUUAGUCCAAAUGGAAUUAGGAGAGGAAUGGUUGUCUAAAGAUUUAUUUAGAAUUGGUUCGUCCAAUUUAAUAGAUAACAUAUGGCGCUGUGGAACUUUGAAUGUGUAUAGUCUAGAUGCGAAACUCGUAGCUCAUGGGCUACAGAUGCUUCUCUCUCUUCCUGCUGUAGAUUAUCAUUGUUUGAACGCUCGUGGGCCCAAGAAACAUUUAAAGCGUCUCAAUGCACCUAAAGCAUGGAUGUUAGACAAACUUGGUGGCGUAUAUGCUCCACGUCCAUCUACGGGACCUCAUAAAUUAAGAGAAUCUCUCCCUCUUGUUAUUUUUCUUCGUAAUAGAUUGAAAUAUGCGUUAACUAAUUGUGAAGUAACAAAAAUUGUGAUGCAACGUUUGAUUAAAGUCGAUGGCAAAGUUAGAACUGAUCCCAACUAUCCUGCAGGUUUCAUGGUACAAAUUGUGUAAAGUAAAACGUGUUCAAACAGGACCAAAAGGUAUUCCAUUCCUGGUAACACAUGAUGGAAGAACAAUUCGUUAUCCAGAUCCCUUAAUUAAAGUUAAUGACACCAUUCACUUGGAUAUAGCAUCUGGCAAAAUUUUGGAUUCUAUUCGAUUCGAUUCAGGUAAUCUUUGUAUGAUCACUGGUGGUAGAAAUUUGGGACGAGUAGGCACAGUUGUUAGCCGAGAGCGUCAUCCCGGUUCAUUUGAUAUCUGUCAUAUUAAGGAUUCUCAGGGACAUACAUUUGCCACAAGGAAACAUGAAUAUUUUAUAUGUUGGCUAAUUGGCUGUUCGUUUAGGUUGAACAACGUAUUUAUCAUUGGCAAAGGUACAAAGCCGUACAUUAGCUUGCCAAGAGACAAAGGUGUAAAGCUUUCUAUUGCUGAGGAACGCGACAAGAGAUUAGCAGCAAAGGGAGUGAAUUAAUGUACAGAAAAUGUUUAAUAAACCGAGAAUUUCUUGGUGAAUAUAGAUGUUCUUCAUCUUUAUCCCAUAUAAUAUUUACAAAUAGUAUUUUAGAACACAUAA